AUGGCCUCGAACAUCAGACAAGAGGAGACUCCGAUCAUGGGCCAGCGCCAAGGUGAUGCGGGAUCCGAAGAUGGCGCUUACCGCUCGGCCACCUCGCCGCGGUCCAAUCUGAACAACCGACCGGAUCAUGACACCGAAAGGUCUUCGGCAUUCACAAAUACCGAGCUUGCGUUUAAUCAUGCGUCUGCUCAAUCUUCUGAAGGCUUUUCGGAUGCGACACACCCGAAUGUUUCGACAAGACUAGACCAUGACAUCGAUAUCCCCGCUUCCAUGCGAAAUGCGCCCCAACGGCCCGAUCCAACAAUGGAAAGAGCGGGGACUCGGCUAGACGGUCAUUAUGGAGAGGACAACAACAGUGGUCAUUUUCUUCUUCCAGAGGACGAUGGGAUGGGUGCUUUGAGAAGCAGAAUACACGCCAUUCGAGACCUACACUCCAGCAGCGCUGCGAAAGCACGUAUGGUCCACGAAUUAAUGACGGAGAACUAUAAUGCUGUUCGAGAUUUCAAUGGGGAUGAACUCUCGCAAAUGGCGCAGUCGCCUCCCAGGCUACGGAGCGCAGCGUAUCCCGGUGGUACGCAUUCUGGUGGGAGCCACCAACCGUUCGAUCAACCGUCUCCACACCCAGCCCUUAAAGCCCCGGACGCUCCACAGGAUAUAAUAUACAAUUUGACAGCAGAAGACUUGAUGCCGACCUUUUUUCCCAAGGUGGAAACGGCUGAUCCCUUGGACGAUGCCGAUGAUGCCGAUACCGAAGAACUCGAAGAUGCCUCCCUAGGCUGUCAACAUUAUAAGAGAAACGUCAAACUUCAAUGCUACACUUGCAAGAAAUGGUACACCUGCCGAUUUUGCCAUGAUGAAAUCGAAGACCACCAUCUCGACCGACCCAAAACAGAAAAUAUGUUAUGCAUGCUGUGUGGACACCCCCAGCCUGCCGCCCAGGAUUGCACAAGAUGUGGUGUACAAGCUGCGCUGUACUACUGCAGUACCUGCAAGCUUUGGGAUAACGACUGCAGCAAGAGCAUAUAUCACUGCAAUGACUGCGGGAUCUGCCGCAUCGGACAAGGCCUGGGAAAGGAUUUCUUCCAUUGCAAGAGGUGCAGUGUCUGUUUACCAAUCUCGAUUGAAAAUACUCACCGAUGCAUUGAGCGCUCAACCCAAUGCGAUUGUCCAAUUUGUGGAGAUUACAUGUUUACGUCUCCAGAAACGGUGGUCUUCAUGCGAUGCGGCCAUAGCAUUCAUCAGAAAUGUCUCUCUGAGCACUCGAAAUCUUCUUACCGUUGCCCGAUAUGCAGCAAAACAAUCACCAACAUGGAGUCCACGUUUCGGAAUCUAGACCGCACGAUUGAAAGCCAGCCGAUGCCAGCCGAGUUCAAAGACACGAGCGCUAUUAUAUAUUGCAACGACUGCAGUGCGAAAUCUGUCGUGAAGUAUCAUUGGUUGGGUCUCAAGUGUGAUAUGUGUGAAUCCUACAACACCGCCCAAAUUCGACUUUUACAUGGAGACGCCCUUGAGUCUUCUGAACAGGAAGUCGAGAGUGCCAAUCUAUCAAAUCUGCAAGCCAGUUCCCCGGUCGAUGCCGGCCAAGCCGGUUCACCAACCUUGACACCGUCACGGCUUAGUACUAGCCCUGUCCCUGGACCUAGUCCGGAACAACGAUCCAGUGGCCCCUUAUCCGCUGAACCGAGUGGGCAGUUCGCUUCUUACAGCCUUACCCGUGACAGAGCUGUUUCGCCCGUAAUCAGCAACUACUUUGGCAUCCCUCCUGAGCGUGGAUCAGAGAGACCAAAAUCAGCGUCCAUAUUUGGGAGACGAUCUUCUAACGACGCCGAGAAAGACGACACCGGCGAGCUCCGUUUCUGGGGCGCGAGAUUCAAAUACAAAUAUGGAUUCCUCAGUCGAGAUGAGACAGCCGAUGGAACUUCGGAAGUCGAUAGCGACGGUGGAAGAGAGGAGACCGAUGUAUCCGAGACAAGUGAUACUGAGGAUGACAAAGCCGUGGACGACGACGAUGAUGAUGACGACGAGAGUAUUGAUAUCUUUGGACACCGGUAA